UUUGGCUGAAGCCAUUUUGUCUCAAGACAUUUUGGACCGAGCCGGUACUGGAUAACCUUGCCGAAGCGGUGAGGCUUCUCGCAGCGACAUGGACUCUCCGCGCGGUACGGACGAGCACCUGCCACGCCGCUGCUUUGGCCGCUUCACCGUCGAGGUCCAGGACCAGAGGCCAUCCUCGGACGACUGGCUCUUCAGUAACCCAAGCGACCUCGGCGCAUACCCGAGGCGCGCGGCGUGGGCGCCGGCUGCGGCGGCGCCGACGCAACGCGUGCGGCGGCCGCCAGGGCUGCGCGGGGCAGCCGUGACCAGCCGCUUGGCCGAGGCCGGCACCAUGCCCGCGGGCGGCACCGGCGAGGCCAGCACGUCCUCUUCCUCGUCUGGCAGCGGCACCGAAGCCAGCAUGUCCGCGACCAGCUGAGCGCCUCGGGCAUCGAUCGCAUGUAUCAUUGCCCCGGAGAGUGUGUCGUGAUGUGAGACCGCGGCCAGACAUCGAAAAUAUAGGCCCAGGGCAACAUGUGAUCGCACGCCGAGAGCUGGCCUUGACGCCUGGUCCUUUGGAUCUGGGUCUCCAGCGGAAGCUGCAAGGCGGAUAGCGUGCGCUUCCCCCCUCCCCUCAAACAGAAGCCUUCCCCUUCUCAUCCCCCACCGAUCCCUCCUCCUCCUCCUCCUCCUCCUCCUCCUCCCCACACUGCAUUUCUUUGCGGGCCUCGUGUGCUCGCCCAUGCUAGGUUUGGCUCUCUCGCCGUUCCGUGCCUUCGUCGGUGUGCCAAACUUGGCGCAUCUGAGACGUCCUUGCUGCGGGCCUCGUGUGCUCGCCCAUGCUAGGUUUGGCUCUUGCGCCGUUCAGUGCGUGCCUUUCUCUGUGUGCCAAAGCUGGCGCAUCUGAGACGUUUUUGAUCAUACACCAUCAGCAGCAAUGCUUUGCAAAGUGUCAAUUCGAAGCUUUUUGAAUUGGCUUGACUACUAAUCGUUAUACCUUUGCUGGUGUUCGUUUCGAGCCAGUUUCUGCCAUAACCCAGAGUGACUGUAUGCUCCUUUGAAAGCGAUAUCUGCUAUAACCGCAGGACCAUGUAACGCUUCAUCGGAUGCUUCUGUCAGAGCGCUUCUUGUCAUACAGGCAGGACCUUUUGAGGUGUUCAUUGCUGGUGCUCAUGCGCUCUGGAUCUUUCAAUGUCGUAUGGCAAGAGCGAGAA